UGUUGUGAUUCUGUAUGAGUGUCUUUUUUUUUCCUUGGCACAUUGUUGUUGUUAUUUCGUCUAUUAAAAGCAUCUUGAGAAUGCGUAUAAAACCCGAUAGUUGGAGCGAUAACUCAAAGUGAAGUUGAAGUCAAGUGUGUAUUGUACGGUUUGCUUAAACCAACAAUACACUCGUAAAGUUUGUUUUAAAACAAUCAUUAAUGUUGCCACUAUCGUUCGUUGUCGAAACGAAACAGACGGAAAAUAAACGCGAUUGAGAGCGGUUUAGAAAUCGAGUUUGAAAAAACAAAAUUAAAUAAUAGAGAAGUAAUUGGAUCUAAUUUCUACCUUCGACUUCCGAUCAAAUGGAUCAAUCAACUCAAGUUAAUUUUCCAACGCAACCGAAAAGAGCGAAUAUAACACGUUAUAACACCUCGGCAGAUCUUAAUGUGGGAACGAGGCAAUACAACAACGGUAAUAAUAAUAAUAAUUGGUUGCAAAUGCGUCCAAUUUCGAGUAAGGAUCGGCAAAAUUUCGUUAGCACAGAAACUUUUCAUCAACGAAGUCGCCUUUUUUAUCAAUCCGAGUUAUCCAAGAAUUCUCCAACGACCAGUGAAGUUUCGUUAACGCAACAUUGGAGGGAACGGGGUACGCCACCCGUUUCUAACGCAACCUUUAAUUAUAACGUUCCUUUAAAACAGAAAAAUGUGUAUAUUGGAGGAUCUGAUACGAGUUGUAAAUGUUCCUGCGAAGAAGACAACUUUAAAAAUAAAGGUUACGCCACGAAUUCUCCCGAGGGAUUAAGCUGGAGACGAUUACACAUGUCCAGGGCGAAAUUGAAAGCAACCGCGACUACUUCAGAGUUACUUUCGGGAUUUGCAAUGGUUGCAAUGGUAGAGCUUCAAAUAAAUGAUCCAACCUCAGUACCUCAAUGGCUUUUCGUCUUAUUCGCCGUUUGCACAACCGUCCUUGUGGCCGUCCACAUCUUCGCCCUGAUGAUUUCAACUUACAUUCUACCCAACAUCGACGCCAUAUCAAAAUUGGACGUUUGCGAAUUGGUCUCAGAAAGCCCUCACGAACGAAUGCGCGGAUUCAUCGAACUCGCAUGGGCGUUCUCCACGAUUCUCGGCCUCUUCUUGUUCCUUGUCGAAGUGGCGAUUUUAUGCUGGGUGAAGUUUUGGGAUUACAGUUUUGAGGCGGCCAUCGCGAGCACUGUUAUCGUUAUCCCCGUUUUGGUUAUUUUCGUUUUAUUCGCCGUGCACUUUUAUCAUUCGUUGGUCGUGUAUCGGUGUGAUACGUCGAUGAGUGAUAUGCAGAAAUUGGAGGAUAUGAAGAAGCAGUUGGAUGAAAUUUCUACGAGUCAGGUUUAAUGAAAAUUGUUUUUAAUAAAUUGUUUCUAUAAAAUUGUUUUUUUAGUUUUUAA